CGGGUUUGAAUUUGAAAUUACUGGGCUAAAGGAAUAAAUCCGGUAUAUUCAUCGAAACUCCUAAAUCUGAAUCCGCAGAUAGGUGGGUUUCAAACUACGUUAGCGGAAAUAUUAGCGUCAACUUGUACAACUACCGUGACGUAGUCAUUCCACAGCCAAUAUUGCCAUGUCGCAGAGAACGUACCAGCCCUUGCACACAGACAAUCCUUCAAGCAAAUCAUCACCUGGAGAAAAGGAUGACAGGUCUCAAAUUCAAUUCCAAGAAAUCCCUUCUCGCAAAUCUUGCGACGCCACGACGCAGGAAGAGUUUGUUGCAUGUUUGGAACGGAUUAAAGACUUGAUCAAAGAUAAUCUGGCAAACGAAGAACUUAUAAAUGACCCCGCCGAGGUUGUUCUCGACAGGCUUGCUGUCUCACUUGACUGGAUGCUAAUCACGGCUGUGAUAUUUAUGAUAAUGAGCAUGUCGUACUUGCGGUUACCCGCUUUCGCAGCGCUUGGGGAUGCAAAAACACAUGAACUUUAUCAGAAACUGGUUGAAAUCACGAACGAUAAGGCAAUGAACGAUAUUUUUCUCCGCCUAUUGGCACAAACGCCUGAAACGCCUCUUUACACGUUCUCCCGCGGGCUCGUACAGACCAGCGUCCUAUCAAGCUGUCUCUUCACAUUCCUCGCAAUACUGGGUAAACUCUUCAUUGGUCGCAACGGGCUCUACCUUGAUAUAUCAUCUCGUCGCAAGUCUCCGAGGCAAUUUUUCUUUAGGCCGUCGCCAUUCGUAUCGAGCUGGCUCAUGCUGUUUCUCAAACCAUUACCAAACAUCUUUAUGUUAAACCAACUUCUUCUUGGCACAGCAUUCGUCAUUGCGCAUUAUCUCGCUUUAUAGUGACCUUCCGUCAAUUCCCCUUUCAGUGCAUCAAGCUGCAGCUGAGCAACCCUUCCCACCACCUCGUUUCCAUGUAGCCUUUCGUUCAAGCAUGCCUCUUCCUAUUCCAAAUAUUCUGUAGGUCAUUAUUUUGUAGCUACUUAUCAGGACACGAAUUAUUCACGCACACGACUGAUGUCUUGUGUGGUUUUAGCUAGUCUAAUUCCAUUCUGCACCAUGUACUGCGUACCCGCUUCUCGGAUUAUUGGUGAUAGCACG